AUGGCCGGCUCGCUGCCCAAGAAUCGCCCGCACUCGCACUCGAUAUCGGCCAGCGCCAUCAACCCCGCGCAUCGCGUCACCCGCCGCAAGAGCAUGAGCUCGUCAGCCGCCAACAACGUUGCAGCCAUAGCUGCCGCGGCCAAAGGUGUUAUCGGAGCGCCGCUCGAGGGGGCCAGCGUCGGUGGUAGUGGCAGUGGCCAGCGUCGGACGUCGAAGCCGCCCACGCAGUUCCGGGGCCCCAGUCUGAACGCAGCCAUGGCCUCGAGCAUGCCCGGCAGCGGCGGCUCGCCCUUUGGCUCCAGUAGCUACAACGGCACGGCAGCACAGGGCGAGGCAGUCGUUGACGGACCGGUGCUGGCCACGAUGCCAGAGCACAAGCUGGCCGAGUCCAAGUCGCGGAUACGGCGGGCAAGCGAGGGAUCACGCCUCAAGGGCGACGGCAAGCGCACCAGUGGUAGCGAACUGAAGUGUGAAAAAUGUGGGAAAGGCUACAAGCACAGCAGCUGUCUGACGAAGCACCUUUGGGAACACACGCCCGAAUGGCAGUUGACUUCGAAGCUGCUCAUCUCCAAGCACCAGCAGGUUCAGCUGCUCGAAGCGGCCUCGGUCCUCGUGGCCAUGAACAAGGAGAGCGACGAUGGCGGGAGUGACCGCUCAUCGCCUCCCGCUUCGGGCUCGUCAGACGUGCGGGAGGAGCCCAGCUCCACAGAAACUACCCCGCCCCCGCAAAUGGACGAUCACGCUGUGGGCUCCUACCCUCACUCCCACUUCGGCCAGCGUUCCAUCAAGCGCUAUUCCACCAACAGCUCCGCCUACAGCCAGUCUUACCAAUCCACCGUCUUCUCUGAAAAUGGUGCUGGUCUUGGUGCCGGUGGCCAUUUCCGCCACUGGAGUAACGUUUCUGACAGGCCCACGACGUCGGGCACCUCGGUUGCAGGCUCCUAUCAUGACGAUGGAACUGACCAUGCCGACCUUGCCGCCGCCGUUGGCCUGUUGAGCUGCUCUUACGGUACCCCCAAGAUGGGUCCUCAGACUCUCUCGCCGGGGAUUCCUCCUGUACCGCCGCUGCCUGCCAAGUUCCUAGAUUUCCAGCACGGCCAAUCACUGUCCGGCAGCACGACUGUCCAGCCGCAACAAUCGAGUGUGCGUAACAGCUACCGAUACCACAGUGAAAACAAGGAUGUCGACAUGGACGAUGACCACUUUGCCGACGAGGAAGACUACCGCCACUCCAACUCGCGCAGUCGCGGCCGUGUAGAUGAGGAUGACGAUGCCUUCUUUGGAGGCAUGGAGGAGUAG